AGCCAUCGGAAGGGACAAGGAGACAUUUGACCAUGGAUUUAUUAUAAGACUUUGAAAACUCCGAAGCAGCCUCGUUCCUUGUUCUUGUUAACAAAAAAAUUCACCUUUUUUUUCUUCUCAAAUUUUAAUGCUACUGUAUUAAUUAUUAAUAUUAUUAAUUAUAAUUAUUGUUGCACAAAAUAAAACACAAGGCACACACUUUUUCUCAAAGAAAAGAAAGCAUCCACUUUCUCUUCUUCUUCUUCCACCUGGUUCUUCUGAAAACAAAGUUUUUGUGAGUGCCUCAAUUAUCAUCAUCACCCAGAUCAGUGCCGUAAGACCCUACUCAUAAGCAACCAUAAAGUCUUCAACUUUCAGAUUUUGCAGAGCACUCAUAGACUCUUGAGUGAAAUCCUGGUUAUAUUCAUGAGUGGAACAACUCAAUUGAAGUGAUUCACUUAAAAGUUUCUUACCCUAGUCUCUGAGGUACUCACAACUGAAGCUAUUGGAUUUUUCUAGUUUCAACAAAGUUCCUUAGAUCUCUUGGUCAUGGCUGGGAAUCAAGAUCAGUUGGAGAUCAAGUUUAGGUUAAUUGAUGGUUCUGAUAUUGGCCCCAAAAGUUUUCCUGCUGCCACUAGUAUUGCAACAUUGAAAGAAAGUAUUGUUGCUCAGUGGCCAAAAGAUAAGGAGAACGGACCAAGGACGGUAAAAGAUGUGAAGCUAAUUAGUGCAGGAAAAAUAUUGGAGAACAACAAAACAGUUGGGGAAUGCCAGAGCCCAUUAUGCGAUGCACCCGAUACAGUUACAACGAUGCAUGUGGUUGUGCAACCACCAACUAUGGAAAAAGAUAAGAAACCACCAAAUGACGAAAAGCAACAGAAAUGUGUUUGUGUUAUUUUAUAGCAUCCAGGUUCAACAGAAGAUGUCAUCUUUCUUAGAUAAAGAGUACUCAACUUGGCGACUAUCGCAAAGCUACUUGUUCCAAGACUUGUCUGCAUGCGGCCGACCGGCCGUAAAUUUCUUACACAGUUUUCAUAGGAGAUGGUUUUGUAUUUUUGUUGCUGGUCUCAGCAUAUAGGUGUUGCCUCACUCAGUCACUUGGUAUAGUUGUUGAUUGAAAAUGAACACUCUCUACCAGCUUGUCAUCGUGUCCCACACAUAUAUAUAUUUUGAAAUUCUUCUUUUGAUGCCUGUGUCUGAUGCAAAAGAAAAAAUGAAAAAAAAGAAAAAGAAAAAUUCAAACUUGAACUUGUUGAAUAUUUGAAUGUGCUUUUUAAUUUGGUACUCUUGUAUAGCAGUUGAGACAGAAAUAGUGCUUUUACUACUACAGUACUAAUCCUAAAAAAUAUGGUGGUU